GAAAUCGCAGCCUUCAAGGCGUGGCUGGGGCAGCGGGGCGAUCAACCGUCGGCCCGCGCCAAGUCCUCGAAGGAGGCCCCCGUCUGCGGCGGCGGCGCGGACGCCGCACCCGCCGCGGCCCCGCCGGCGCCGCGGCCCCGGGUGGGGGCCGAGUCGACGGGCGGGGCGCCCAAAGCCGCUGGCGGGCUCUCCAGGAGGGCGAGGAAGAGGCUGCGCGAGCGCGAGCAGCCCAAGGCGGCGGGUGAGGAUGAGGCGGUCGGAGGAGAAGAGAGGGGCGAGGGGGGGCCACAUGGCGCCACGCCGUCCCGGAGGGCCAGGAGGCGUCUCCGCCAGGAGGGCGGGGUGGACGACGCGGCGGAGCCGCCAGCCACAAGGCCCGACGCCGCGUCCAGCUCUGCCGGCAUGGCUGCUCGCGGGGCGCUCGGCAAGGCGGCGGCGAAGCUUCAGGGCUCCAGGUUUCGCUGGCUGAACGACACCCUGUACAGCAUCACGGGCGACGAGGCGAAGCGGCUCUACGAGAAGGACCCGGCUCUCGCGUCGGUGUACCACGAAGGAUUUCGCCUGCAGGCCAGCAAGUGGCCGAAGAACCCACUGGACGGCAUCAUCCGCUGGCUCCGGGACGAGGUGCCCGCCGAGAUGUCGAUCGGCGACUUCGGGUGCGGCGAGGCACGGCUCGCCCUGGAGCUGAAGGGCCGGACGGUCCACUCGCUCGAUCUGGUGAGGAUCAACGAGCGGGUGACCCCCUGCAACCUCGCGGCCGUGCCGCUCGGCGACGGGUCCAUCGACGUGGCGGUCUUCUGCCUCGCUCUGAUGGGCACGGACUGGCCCUCCUUCCUGAGGGAGGCCCACCGCUGCCUGCGGCCGCGGGGCCUGCUGCACAUUGCGGAGGUGGAGUCCAGGAUGGCGGACUUCAACAAAAUGAUCCGGCAGGUGGAGGGCAUCGGCUUUAAGAAGCGGUUCUUCAAGCCCGGCAGUUUCUUCGUGGAGAUGCGUUUCGAGAAGCGGUCUGGCGGAGGCGCCGGCCGCGGCGGGCGCCCUGGCAAGAAGGGCGUCGGAGACGGCGCGGCGCUGGCGGGGUGCACCUACCGCAAGAGGUGA